AUCGGAUUCUAUUCUUAUACUAAUGUAAAACUUUGUCAUCUCCGAGCUCCUGCCGAAUACGCUUCUCCACUAUUUCGUACAUCAAUAGCUGUGGGCAGAUGUGGUAAAAAGCUCCGGAAAAAAAAACAUACCCCUCUCUGUCUUCUCUAUAUAUUUGAGCAUUCCCCCCCAGCUUACACACUUGACUCGCCAUCCAUAUCAGCCACAACAAAUAUGGAAGACAUUACACCAUCUACUUACGAAAACGAUAAGGCUGUGAAAGCCCACGAUGAAUAUCCUUUUGCCAUCCCAGCUACCGGCUUGGCUGAAGAAACUCAUCAUCCUGGUCACGCUGAAGAAAGAGAGACAGAAAUGACCGCUUUCCUGAGAUUCCGCCACAGAUUUAGAGAACCUCUUGCUGAAUGCUUGGGGACCAUGGUCUUGGUUAUGUUUGGUGACGGUGUUGUCGCCCAGGUUAAGUUAUCCAAAGGUGCCGCUGGUGACUACACUGUGAUUGCUCUUUCUUGGGCCGCUGCUGUUAUGUUAGGUUACAUGGUUUCGGGUGGUAUUUCUGGUGGUCACAUGAACCCAGCCGUCACUAUCUCUGCUGCUGUGUAUAGAGGCUUCCCAAAGAGAAAGGUCAUCCCAUACAUUUUGGGCCAGCUUUUGGGUGGUUUCAUCGGCGCUUUCCUUGUGUACGGUAUCUAUGUUCAGUCGAUCAACCACUACGAAGGUGAAGGUAUCAGAACCGUGACUGGUGCAACCGCUACCGCUGGUAUUUUCUGUACUUUCCCACAGCCAUACUUGACCACCAGAGGUCAGUUUGCUUCUGAGCUCACCGCCACUGCUUUGUUGCAGUUGGGUAUCUUUGCGUUGACCGACCCUUACAACGCGCCUGCUGGUGAAAUUUUCCCAUUGGGUUUGUUUGUUUUGAUUUACGCGUUGGGUAGUUCCUUCGGUUUCCAGACCGGUUACGCCCUUAACAUGGCCAGAGAUUUUGCUCCAAGAGUCGCUGCUGUUGCCCUUGGUUACGGUGGCGAUAUGUUCAGUGUAUAUGAUGGCUACGCCUGGGUUCCAGUUGUGGCUCCGAUCAUUGGUGGAUUACUUGGUGGUGGUUUGUAUGACUUAUUCAUUUACCAGGGUAAGGAAUCGCCAGUCAACAAGCGCAACUUCGGUUUCUCUCGCACGGCCAAGAAGCAAGCUCCAGUCCAGGCCUAAUUUUUCACGAAGAUUCUAUACCUUCGUAUUGCCCGUGGCGCAUCCUGAUUUUCUACGUCUUAACGAACCUCUUUCCUACCGUUAUGCUAUUGACGAGUGGAUGUUAAUGUUUGCCUUUUUUUUCAUUUACAUUUAUACGCACUUCGGUGCCCCCUGUAUAUGUUUAUUUAUGAAUUGUCAUUUUAAUUAAUUAAUAACUCAUGUGCU